AUGGCUUCUCGCCACUCCACCCCACCUAGGGUUACGCCCGGACCGACCUGCACCGUUUCGUCUACCCCCAUCAGAGCUAGCAACUCCUUACGAACACAAUCCAGCACGAAAUCUGUCACCAAGGAUUGGACGAGCCGCGCUAUUCAUACGGAGCUGAAAGGUGCCAUGAUCGAGGACGUGCCCGGACUUGUCGAGAGUGUAUUUCCGUCGGAGUCUGUGCCGUUAAAUCUUCGCGAAGCGAUGGCUGCUGUGAGGAAAGACGGCUUGUACAAUCGCAGAAGAUGGACUGACUGGUCGUCCUUGCCGAAGUCCCGGAAAGGAGACCGGGAUUCUGCGGUAUGCGAUCUCCUGAACCAAAUAGUCGACGUCGCCGCCAGGAAGUGCAGGCGGACCGCCAGCUCGUCUAUACCUCGCCGGAAGUGGACCGGCUAUUCCGCCACGGAACCCUGUCAGAGUAUACCCGACGGUGUUUUGCUUCCGCAUGAUGUUCCCCCCAGUACCGUCCAGCGACGUCAUGCCUGCGCCUUUCUCGAGAUGAAAUUUCGAAAAGAAAGCAAGGGUGGCAGCAAGUCCUCGGUGAAGCUCAAGGAAAACGCUCGAUUGACUUUCGGCGCUCAGUAUGACAGGCGUUUCAUUCUUGGGCUUACCUUGGUUGGAAUUUCCAUGCGUCUUUGGCGAUUCGAUCGGUCGGGUGUUCUUCAAUCUCGACAGUUCAAUAUCCACACGGAUCCAGAACGACUCCUUCGCGUUCUUUGCGGGUUCGCCUUCGCGGAUCCGGUCACUCUCGGCUACGACCCCACCUUCACUGAGCCUGACUCGACCGGCUUCCGUUCGGUCCACGUUUGUGGGAAGAAGUACAAAAUACGAGACGUGCUACACAUCGACGAUACGCUGAGAGGCAGAGGCACUAUCAUUCUCAAAGUUCGCUCGGAUGAUGAUCAAACAGCGAUCAUCAAGGACUCGUGGAUCGACGUCAGCCGUUCUGAAAAAGAAUGUGACAUCCUCAAAACCGAGAAGGCCAAGAAGACAGAGGGGAUUGUGCACAUGGAUGACUACGAGAGGGUUCAAGUCGAUGGCGUUAUAGACUCUACAGCCAUCAUACGCUGCAAAGUCGAUGCUGCCCCAAAGAAAGUGCAAAAGAAGAAGAAGAAAGGACGGAAGCCAGAGAUACGGGAGCAUUAUCGACUCAUCCUGCGCGAGCACGGGGUAUCGUUGACACACUUUGCGACACGCCGAGAACUGCUCAGCGUCCUAAUAGACGCUAUAGAAGCACACAGGCGGAUGCGCAAAGACUGCCAUGUCUUGCAUCGCGACAUCAGUUUCCACAACAUCUUGAUCUCCGAAUUUGAAAACCUCGCCCCGGGACUACGCCGGGGCAGACUCAUCGAUUUCGAUUACUCCAAAACUCUGACAGAGUCCACUGGCAAUGAAGGAGAAGACAAGAAUCACCGAUCGGGAACGUUGCCCUUCAUGGCCGUGCAACUCCUCAUCUACAAUAGCGCAAUAGAACAUAAGGUGCAUCAUGACUUACAAUCCUUCUUCUACGUCCUCUGCUGGGCUUGUAUCGUGCUGGAAGGACCGGGACAAAACCGACGGCGAUUUGAUCCCAUGAAGACCAAGCUCAAAGUGUGGAUGGUGGGCGAUGAUGAAGAGACUAUAGGACUGAACAAAUCUGGCCAAAUGCGGAGCGAUAUCGCUUUCGAGAAAUUGCUCGAGGACUUCCAUCCGUACUUCGAGGAGCUGAAGCCCACUGUCAGGGAGCUUCGGCGGGUCUUCAGAGUGGACGAGUGGGAGAAACCCGAUUACGAUCCCCCCGAUUACGACGAUAUCCUGACGAUACUCAAGGCUCGGCGCGACGCAUUACCGCUUGUUGAAGUACCCGUACCAAAGGCAAGGAGUAAUCGGCGUAGAAGAGCGCCCGAAGGCCUAGCUGCCGGAGUUAUUCCGAGGGGGCAGAAGCGCAGCCGCCAGGAAGCCGAAGAGGAGAGCGGCGAACAGAACGCCGAGGACAAGGACGAUGAGGGAGAGGACGAGGACGAGGACGAGGACGAGCAGAGUGAUGAGGAGCAAAGUGAUGGGGAGCAAAUCGAUGACGAGGAGGAGGAUGAGGAGGAUGACGACGACGAUGACGAAGAAGAAGAUGAUGGCCUUAGCGAAAGCAGCAGCGGCAGCGGCAGAGAUCACGAUAGCGAUGAAGACUUCAAGCCAGCGGUCAGGACUAAACGCAGGCGGCACUACUAA